GAGCCUUGAAAUUGUGGCAGAAUAGUUAAUUGACUCUUUUUUCUGCAUAUUAUGUGGUUGUUAAGGAGCGAUUGCAAUUGUUCAGUAUUCACACAGACACCCUUCAACGACCGUAGUUAAACCCCCUUACUCACUUCUCUUCUCUUCCCUCUCCCUUUCUAUGUGCUUUCUUUGUCUUCGAUGAAAUAGGAAGAGAAAGUGCACAACUUUGGUUAGAGGAGUUGGUGGGGCAAUUUCCUUUCAGCCAAGAAGGGAUUCUAUGUUCGAAGUCAACAUUGAUCUGUUACAUCAGUUGGGAGCUGAGUGACGAUGCCAAACCAGCUAUGGUUUGCACUGCCAAUGAUUUACAAGGAUGGAAAGAUUUUCCAAAGGGACUCAGGGUUCUUGUACUUGACGGAGAUAGAAGUUCUGCUGCUGAAAUAGGAGAACAACUUGAGGCCAUGGACUAUCAUGUUUCUACCUUCUAUGACGAGAACGAAGCUUUGUCAGCAGUCUCAAGUAGCCCUGAAGACUUCCAUGUUGCCAUAGUGGAGGUGAGUACAAGCAGCAGCCUUGGAGGUUUCAAAUUUCUUGAGAAUGCAAAGGACUUGCCUACCAUUAUGAUUUCAAAGAACCAGUGCCUGAACACCACGAUGAAGUGCAUUGCGCUUGGUGCCGUUGAGUUUCUCAGUAAACCACUCUCUGAGGACAAGCUCAAAAAUAUUUGGCAGCAUGUUGUUCACAAGGCCUUUAAUUCUAGGGCAAAUGGUCUGUCUGAGUCACUAAAACCUGUCAAAGAAUCUGUAGAAUCAGUGCUGCAGCUUCAAACAGGCAAUGAACAAGAUAAAACUCAUAAAAGAACCAUGUCGAUUGAUUUAGAGAAUGUGUCCAGAUUUGGUGAUAAUGUCAAUGAGCAAUCUGUAUGUGAUAAAUAUCCGGCUCCUUCAACCCCACAAUUGAAACAUGGGACACGGUUAUUGGAUGAUGGAGAUUGCCAUGAGCAGACUAAUUUCUCAACAGAAAAAGAAAGUGGAGAACAUGAUGGGGAAUGCAAAUCAGUCGAAACUUCAUGUGAGAAUUUGAAUGCUGAAAGUACUCCUCAACCAACUGAACCUGAGGAGACUCUGAUUAAGGAGGAAGAGGAUUUUGCCAAUGGUUCCAAGGGCGAGAGAGCUGUUUCACUGAAUCUACAGAAUGAAAAGUUUCUCAGCAAUGCAGAUGGUCAUACAUCUCCAAAAAAGAUGGGAGUUUUUAAUGAUUCAUGUGAGAUUAAAGCUAACAGGAAGAAGAUGAAAUGUGCAGUUUCUACCUUCUAUGACGAGAACGAAGCUUUGUCAGCAGUCUCAAGUAGCCCUGAAGACUUCCAUGUUGCCAUAGUGGAGGUGAGUACAAGCAGCAGCCUUGGAGGUUUCAAAUUUCUUGAGAAUGCAAAGGACUUGCCUACCAUUAUGAUUUCAAAGAACCAGUGCCUGAACACCACGAUGAAGUGCAUUGCGCUUGGUGCCGUUGAGUUUCUCAGUAAACCACUCUCUGAGGACAAGCUCAAAAAUAUUUGGCAGCAUGUUGUUCACAAGGCCUUUAAUUCUAGGGCAAAUGGUCUGUCUGAGUCACUAAAACCUGUCAAAGAAUCUGUAGAAUCAGUGCUGCAGCUUCAAACAGGCAAUGAACAAGAUAAAACUCAUAAAAGAACCAUGUCGAUUGAUUUAGAGAAUGUGUCCAGAUUUGGUGAUAAUGUCAAUGAGCAAUCUGUAUGUGAUAAAUAUCCGGCUCCUUCAACCCCACAAUUGAAACAUGGGACACGGUUAUUGGAUGAUGGAGAUUGCCAUGAGCAGACUAAUUUCUCAACAGAAAAAGAAAGUGGAGAACAUGAUGGGGAAUGCAAAUCAGUCGAAACUUCAUGUGAGAAUUUGAAUGCUGAAAGUACUCCUCAACCAACUGAACCUGAGGAGACUCUGAUUAAGGAGGAAGAGGAUUUUGCCAAUGGUUCCAAGGGCGAGAGAGCUGUUUCACUGAAUCUACAGAAUGAAAAGUUUCUCAGCAAUGCAGAUGGUCAUACAUCUCCAAAAAAGAUGGGAGUUUUUAAUGAUUCAUGUGAGAUUAAAGCUAACAGGAAGAAGAUGAAAGUAGACUGGACGCCCGAGCUGCAUAAAAAUUUUGUGAAGGCAGUUGAACAACUAGGUAUUGAUCAAGCCAUUCCUUCUAGAAUAUUGGAGAUAAUGAAAGUGGAAGGAUUGACAAGGCACAAUGUGGCAAGCCAUCUUCAGAAAUAUAGAAUGCACAGGAGACAGAGUGCACCUGGGGAAGAAGAUCGAAAAUGGCACAAUCAAAGAGAUGCAAUGCAAAGGAAUUUUUAUCUGCAAAGACCAAUCAUGGCCUACCCUCCCUAUCACUCUAAUCAAACCAUUUCUCCAGCACCUAUAUAUCCUAUGUGGGGACAACCAGGAAGUCAAACAGCUGCUGUACAGAUUUGGGGGCCUCCUGCGUACCCCUUGUGGCAUCCUACAGAAAGUUGGAACUGGAAGCCUUAUCCGGGGAUGCAUGUGGAUGCUUGGGGAUGCCCAUUGUUCCCACCUCCUCAAGCUCCUGGUUUUCACUUCAAUCAAAAUAUACCUGGAUUGCACACUCCUAAACCAGUGGAUUACAGAUUCAGCAUGCCGCGUAGUUCCUUUGAGCAUCAUCCGGCAGAGGAGGUGGUAGACAAGGUUGUGAAAGAAGCAAUUAACAAGCCAUGGCUACCAUUGCCCUUAGGACUCAAAGCUCCUUCCACGGAUAGUGUGUUAGCUGAGCUCUCCAAACAAGGCAUAUCUAGCAUCCCUCUUGGCAACAAGGGUUCUUCUGCUCCAAAACCCUGCAUUCAGGUAGACUGGACGCCCGAGCUGCAUAAAAAUUUUGUGAAGGCAGUUGAACAACUAGGUAUUGAUCAAGCCAUUCCUUCUAGAAUAUUGGAGAUAAUGAAAGUGGAAGGAUUGACAAGGCACAAUGUGGCAAGCCAUCUUCAGAAAUAUAGAAUGCACAGGAGACAGAGUGCACCUGGGGAAGAAGAUCGAAAAUGGCACAAUCAAAGAGAUGCAAUGCAAAGGAAUUUUUAUCUGCAAAGACCAAUCAUGGCCUACCCUCCCUAUCACUCUAAUCAAACCAUUUCUCCAGCACCUAUAUAUCCUAUGUGGGGACAACCAGGAAGUCAAACAGCUGCUGUACAGAUUUGGGGGCCUCCUGCGUACCCCUUGUGGCAUCCUACAGAAAGUUGGAACUGGAAGCCUUAUCCGGGGAUGCAUGUGGAUGCUUGGGGAUGCCCAUUGUUCCCACCUCCUCAAGCUCCUGGUUUUCACUUCAAUCAAAAUAUACCUGGAUUGCACACUCCUAAACCAGUGGAUUACAGAUUCAGCAUGCCGCGUAGUUCCUUUGAGCAUCAUCCGGCAGAGGAGGUGGUAGACAAGGUUGUGAAAGAAGCAAUUAACAAGCCAUGGCUACCAUUGCCCUUAGGACUCAAAGCUCCUUCCACGGAUAGUGUGUUAGCUGAGCUCUCCAAACAAGGCAUAUCUAGCAUCCCUCUUGGCAACAAGGGUUCUUCUGCUCCAAAACCCUGCUGACGUGUACCAAUGACCCCACCACCGGCUCCCACAGAUGAUGAUGAUGAUGGGGCUGCUCUGUUGAUUCACAUAUCAACUCCCUGUUGAGUAUUGUAGUUAUUUUUUUUUUCUCAAAUUCCCUUCAGGUUGCAACCACAGUGGUAGAUAUGGCUGGAAGUUGGGACCACAAGGACAACUUGUGGUCCCCACCGUACACCGACCACUCAUGCUGUCCCUUCUUAAGCUGCUGAUUGUUAAUGGUUGAUAUGAUAUGGUGUGAUAUCAGGUCUGGUCAUACAACACCAUGAUGCAGCACAAAUGGACUAUGCAUUGAUUCUAUUCAUCCCACUUGCCAAAACACAAAACUAAAAUAUUAAAAAACAGCACUCAGAAGUUUAUGGCUCCAUUUGUUGAAGCUUUGCACAAAAUGCUGAGGCUCAAAAUAGUUGAUGAUGAUUUUGGGGGUUGAAAUGACCGUUUUUGGGGUCCAUGUAGAAAUUUAUAUCAGGAUUUGGGGUGUCUUGGUGCUGUUGAGAUGGGGCCUAGUUGAGGUGUAUGAUAAUAAUAAUGGAAAAGGGUAGUUAGGAUAAUGUUGUGAAUAAAGAUGAGUCCAGGCCUUGGUGGAUGCUAACUUGUUCUUUCCCAAUUCAAUUUGUUCAGUCAGCUAUUUCAGCUUUUAGUUUAUAGAAUUCAGUUUUUGUAGCUCAGUUUGGCUGGGGCCAUCCUUCUGUUUUUUUGCUCAA